GGCAGCGCCGCGGGCGCGCGGGGCGGGGCGGGCGGGGAAGAUGGCGUACCAGAGCCUGAGGCUGGAGUACUUGCAGAUCCCGCCCGUGAGCCGCGCGUACACCACGGCCUGCGUGCUCACCACGGCCGCCGUGCAAUUGGAGCUGAUCACGCCCUUCCAGCUCUACUUCAACCCCGAGCUCAUCCUCAGGCACUUCCAGAUAUGGAGAUUAAUCACCAAUUUCUUGUUCUUUGGACCAGUUGGAUUCAAUUUUUUAUUUAAUAUGAUUUUCUUAUACCGUUACUGCCGAAUGCUGGAAGAAGGCUCUUUCCGAGGCCGGACAGCCGACUUUGUAUUUAUGUUCCUUUUUGGGGGACUCUUAAUGACUCUUUUCGGUUUGUUCGUGAGCUUAGUGUUCUUGGGCCAGGCCUUCACUAUCAUGCUUGUCUACGUGUGGAGCCGAAGGAAUCCAUACGUUCGCAUGAACUUCUUUGGCCUUCUCAACUUCCAGGCCCCAUUUCUGCCCUGGGUGCUCAUGGGCUUCUCCUUGUUACUGGGCAACUCCAUCAUUGUGGACCUCCUGGGAAUUGCAGUUGGACACAUCUAUUUUUUCUUGGAAGAUGUAUUUCCCAAUCAGCCAGGGGGAGCAAGAAUUCUGAAAACACCUGCUAUUUUGAAGGCAAUUUUUGAUACGCCGGAUGACGAUCCCAAUUACAACCCCUUACCUGAAGAGCGACCAGGAGGCUUUGCAUGGGGCGAAGGCCAGCGCCUUGGAGGCUAGGAGGACAGUGCCGAGUGCGAAAUCCACCUGGGAAGGCAGGGUUCCACGGAGAUCUCUGGGAUGCUUUUACUCUUUGUUUCAGAAGUGUGGACACAUCUGGCUUUCCCGUUUUUAAAUCCAGAAGUACCUUAUGUAACGGAACCUCCAUGGUAAAUCCAGGAGACCUGUCCAGCAGCUUGCCCGUGUUUCUUCACUUGACCAUUAUUGACACGGGUACUGAAAGCGUAACCUAUUGGAGCCAAAAACAUGGCAAAGACGCUUGCUGCCAGCUCUGUGUGAGAACGCCCGCAGCAGAACUUUCUCCCCUUCCCGGUCUUGGGUGGAAGAGCCGGGUACAUGGACCUUUCAGAGGACAAAAUAAAACUGAAUUCAUUCUCUCUCACUGGA